AUGUCUAACCCGUCUCAUCAAGAUUACUCGCGUAGACAUCAAACACAGAGAGAUAGAGAUCGUAAUAGGGAACAUUUUACGGACCCGUAUCGCGAUCUUGAUAGACCUUUAGAGGAUCCUUAUCACGAUCAAAAAAAGUCAAAGUCACCACACGUAAGAGAGAGAGUAAGGGAUCGUGACCGCAGAGAACGUCGUAGAACUCCGGAAAGAAAUAAUCGAUACAGAUCUCGUUCUCGCUCUCCAAUAAACAGAAGAGAUCGGGCUGUUGUAAGUCCUCGUGGUACUGAACGCGAACGAGAUCGAAAGGAUGAAAGAUAUGAUCGUGAUCGAAAGAUUAAAUCUCGUUCAGGUUCACCGAGGAAAGAGGACACGAAUAAUUUGACAGCGGAUAGUUCUAUAAUGGUUAUAGAUCCAAAUGAAGAUCCUGAUCAAGCUUUAAUGAAAGCCAUGGGUAUCGCUGGAUUUAACACCACUAAAGGUAAGAGAGUUGUUGGUAAUGAUAUAGCUGCAGUUAGUAUUAAAAAACAAAGACAAUAUCGUCAAUACAUGAAUCGACGUGGAGGUUUUAAUAGGUAA